AUGUUUAUCGUCGCAGCGGUGACAUUUGGAGCAGCCUGGCCAUCGGCUGCGUACGACACUGACCCGCAAGCAAACGACGUCAUCGCCUACACCUCGCCUCAACCACAUCCAUCCGGCGGAUCUCCAACUCCAGACGUGCGGAUCGAGGUAGCGCGCAACGUUCUGGCGGCAAGGCUCGUAGUGCAGGCCAGAAGGCUCCUGUUUGUCAGCAGUAAAGAGGUGCGAUGGUCGGACACAUCACUGGGUUGCCCGGAACCGGGCAGAAUGUACGGCAAGGUGAUAGUGCCAGGCUACCGGAUCACCUUCAGCUACGAAGGGAACCACUACGAGGUGCACACGGCCAGCAAGACGGGAGUCGGUUACGCUCUGUCGCCGGUAUCCUGUGAAGGAGGGCUAUCCUACUAA